CGCAAUUCCUUCCUUCCUCCCCCCCCUCCCAACCCCAAGCAGAUACCUCUCGUCUGCUAGACCCGAUACUUUGAUCGGUAUCGGUAUCUUCCAGCACGAGGGUACCGAAGAUUAGCCACAAUUCCUUUUCCUAGAGGCUUUUACCUCGCUCAUUGCUUCCGCCCUCCCUAGCAGCCCUUCGGGCUCAUCUGGAUCACUUCCCCUCUUGGCUGUUGUGCCACUCGACCCUAGUUGAUAAAGGGCCUUCUCUUCUCAGGCGGACAUCCCCCCCUGUUCGUCUGGGUAGCAGAUUGUGCUUCCUAGGCUUGGCUUUGCCGUUGUUUGUCUUCUUUUCAUCGGUCCUGUCCUGCCCACGCGCCGGUUUUCCCAUACAGCCAAUCCACUUCCAUCCCGCCUGCCUGCUGACCUCAUCGGUCCCCGCGUCGAGAUGGUGUUCAUUGGAAUCCCGAAGAAUUACACGACCUCGCCCUCCUCGUUCAUGGGCACCCCGUCCCUGACGAUCAAUCAUGAGGCUACCCAGGAUCUUGACUCCUCCAAUGCCUUUGAAGGCCCCGAGAAGCUUCUGGAGGUGUGGUUUGCACCCUCCGCCCGCUCCGUCAGCGGGACGGGCCUGAAGGCCGUCCCCGAGGAGAUCUGGAAGGACAUGCUGGACCUGGUCAACUGCCAGGUGCUGUCCAUCGUCUCGUCCGAGGAUGUCGAUGCCUACCUGCUGUCCGAGUCCAGCAUGUUCGUCUGGCCCCACAAGCUCAUCCUGAAGACUUGCGGCACCACCACCCUGCUCUCCGGCCUGCCGCGCAUCCUGGAGAUCGCGGCCCUGUUUGGCGGCUUCCCCAAGUCCACGGCCCCCGCCUCGCGCGGCAUCUCCAUCGCCGCCGCCCCGUACCGCGUCUUCUACAGCCGCAAGAACUUCCUGUUCCCGGACCGCCAGCGUGGCCCCCACCGCAGCUGGCGCGACGAGGUGCGCAACAUGGACAAGCUCUUCCUCAACGGCAGCGCCUACAUGAUCGGCAAGAUGAACGGCGAGCACUGGUACCUGUACCUGACCGAGCCGCACACCCUGCUCACCCCGCCCUCGAGCCCGCCCGCCGACUCGGACGCCGAGGACGAGGGCACGGCGACCAGGAUCCUUCACCUGCCCGCGGCUCCCGCGAAGCCCACGGGCGGCGACGCUUCCGAUGAGACCCUUGAGGUGCUCAUGACCGACCUGGAGGAGAACAACGCGCGCCAGUUCUACCUGGACCACGCGACGGCUGCCGCGGAGAAGCAGUACCGCAACUUUGACUUCGACCGCGACACGGGCGACCACCUCGACGUGUUCAGCAACACCACGGACCUGGGCGAUGACCUGGACGGUCCUGAGAACAACCGCGUGCUGCCCGCAGAGCUGACGACCGAGGGCCACGCGUUGGGCACGGUGGUGUCGGAGACGUGCGGCCUGUCGGACGUCUACCCGCGCGAGAAGUUCCCCGAGUCGCGCAUCGACGCCUACCUGUUCACCCCGUGCGGCUUCUCCGCCAACGGGGUGGUGCCGGCGCCGGACGGGGCGUCGGGGACGCACUACUUCACGGUGCACGUGACGCCGGAGCCGCAGUGCUCCUACGCGUCGUUCGAGACCAACGUGCCGCACUCCCAGACCGGCCAGACCACGGCGGGCAUCAUCCAGCAGGUGGUCAACAUCUUCAAGCCGGGCCGCUUCACCGUGACGCUGUUCGAGGCGCAGCCCGAGGUGGCCGCCGCCGCGGACGGCGACUGGGACAGCAUCAAGGAGGCCAAGUACAUUGAGCGGCAGGCGGCGCGCCGCGCGUCCCGCACCGAGCACGUCGAGGGCUACCGCCGGGUCGAUCGCAUCGUGCACGACCUGGACGGAUACGAUCUGGUCUUCCGCUACUACGAGCGGCUGGACUGGAAAGGGGGGGCCCCGCGGCUCGGCGAGGACCGUUUCUGAUGAUCGACAAUCUGCUGCUCAGUUUCGUUCACUGUCUAUUCUGUGUCUGCCUGAUUUGAUUUGAAUUUUUUUUCUUUUCGGUUGUCUGUUGUCUCCCCUUGGGUUUUCCUUGGGUUCAUCCCCUGGCCUUUCUGCGCGCUGUCCUGUUCUUGUUUUGCCCGUAGCCGAUGGAGAUACCCCUUCGGCGAUUAAUUUGUGCAUCGUUUGUCUUUAGUCGUCAGAAUGAACUGCAAUUGAC